GCCAGAUGCCAGCUGUGCUUCCCGUCGCUCCAGGGGACCCUCACACGGUCCAGCUGCUUAGAGGAUUACCAUGUCUGCUCAAGAUGAAGGAGGCCGGGAUCCCCCCAAACCCAAGGGCAAGACCCUGGGCAGCUUCUUUGGGUCCCUGCCUGGCUUCAGUUCUGCCCGGAACCCGGCGGCCCACGCCCACAGCUCAGCGAGAGAGGCCCGGCCGGUCGCCCAUCCCGCAGGCGCUCCAGCCGCCGAGACUGCCCAGCCCCAGGCUCAGGUGGCCACCGACCCGGAGCAGACGACCAGGGGCAUUGAGAAGACGCUGCCGCUUUCAGACAGGGUCAUCUCCGGGACAAACGACUUAGUGUGGUCCAAGAUGACCAGGACCAAGGAUGCCUUCUCAUCUGGGAUGGCCAACGUCGUGGACACAGCUAAAGGCGUGGUCCAAGGAGGCCUGGGGAUGACCCAGUCCACGCUCACAGGCACCAAGGAUGCAGUGUCCACUGGGCUCACUGGGGCAGUGAACAUGGCCAAGGGCACCGUCCAGAUGGGCAUGGACACCACCAAGACCGUCCUGACAGGCACCAAAGAUGCAGUGUCCACUGGCCUCACUGGAGCAAUGGGUGUCGCUAAAGGGGCCGUCCAGAUGGGCGUGGACACCACCAAGACCGUCCUGACAGGCACCAAAGAUGCAGUGUCCACAGGGCUCACUGGGUCAGUGAACAUGGCCAAGGGCACCGUCCAGACUGGUAUGGACACCACCAAGACCGUCCUAACAGGCACCAAAGAUGCAGUGUCCACUGGCCUCACUGGAGCAAUGGGUGUCGCUAAAGGGGCCGUCCAGAUGGGCGUGGACACCACCAAGACCGUCCUGACAGGCACCAAAGAUGCAGUGUCCACAGGGCUCACUGGGUCAGUGAACAUGGCCAAGGGCACCAUCCAGACUGGUAUGGACACCACCAAGACCGUCCUAACAGGCACCAAAGAUGCAGUGUCCACUGGGCUCACUGGGGCAGUGAACCUGGCCAAGGGCACCGUCCAGACUGGCAUGGACACCACCAAGACUGUCCUCACAGGCACCAAAGAUGCAGUGUCCACUGGGCUUACUGGGGCAGUGAACAUGGCCAAGGGCACCGUCCAGACUGGCAUGGACACCACCAAGACUGUCUUCACAGGCACCAAAGAUGCGGUGUCCACUGGGCUUACUGGGGCAGUGAACAUGGCCAAGGGCACCGUCCAGACUGGCAUGGACACCACCAAGACUGUCCUCACAGGCACCAAAGAUGCAGUGUCCACUGGGCUUACUGGGGCAGUGAACAUGGCCAAGGGCACCGUCCAGACUGGCAUGGACACCACCAAGACUGUCCUGAGAGGCACCAAAGAUGCAGUGUCCACUGGGCUUACUGGGGCAGUGAACAUGGCCAAGGGCACUGUCCAGACUGGCAUGGACACCACCAAGACCGUCCUAACAGGCACCAAAGAUGCAGUGUCCACUGGCCUCACUGGAGCAAUGGGUGUCGCUAAAGGGGCCGUCCAGAUGGGCGUGGACACCACCAAGACCGUCCUGACAGGCACCAAAGAUGCAGUGUCCACAGGGCUCACUGGGUCAGUGAACAUGGCCAAGGGCACCGUCCAGACUGGUAUGGACACCACCAAGACUGUCCUGACAGCCACCAAAGAUGCAGUGUCCACUGGACUCACUGGAGCAAUGGGUGUGGCCAAAGGGGCCAUCCAGAUGGGCGUGGACACCACCAAGACUGUCCUAACAGGCACCAAAGAUACAGUGUCCAUUGGGCUCACUGGGGCAGUGAACAUGGCCAAGGGCACCGUCCAGACUGGCAUGGACACCACCAAGACUACUGGUGUGGACACCACCAAAUCUGUCCUGACUGGAACCAAAGAUGCAGUGUCCACUGGGUUCACUGGAGCAAUGGGUGUGGCCAAGGGAGCCGUCCAGACCGGCGUGGACACCACCAAGACCGUCCUGACAGGCACCAAAGAUGCAGUGUCCACUGGGUUCACUGGAGCAAUGGGUGUGGCCAAGGGAGCCGUCCAGACCGGCGUGGACACCAGCAAAUCUGUCCUGACAGGCACCAAAGAUGCAGUGUCCAUUGGGUUCACUGGAGCAAUGGGUGUGGCCAAGGGAGCCGUCCAGACCGGUGUGGACACCACCAAAUCUGUCCUGACUGGAACCAAAGAUGCAGUGUCCACUGGGUUCACUGGAGCAAUGGGUGUGGCCAAGGGAGCCGUCCAAACCGGCGUGGACACCACCAAGACCGUCCUGACAGGCACCAAAGAUGCAGUGUCCACUGGGUUCACUGGAGCAAUGGGUGUGGCCAAGGGAGCCGUCCAGACCAGUGUGGACACCACCAAAUCUGUCCUGACUGGAACCAAAGAUGCAGUAUCCACUGGGCUCACUGGAUCAGUGAACAUGGCCAAGGGCACCGUCCAGACUGGCGUGGACACCACCAAGACCGUCCUAACAGGCACCAAAGAUGCUGUGUCCACUGGGUUCACUGGAGCAAUGGGUGUGGCCAAGGGAGCCGUCCAGACCAGCGUGGACACCACCAAAUCUGUCCUGACUGGCACCAAAGAUGCAGUGUCCACUGGGCUCACUGGGGCAGUGAACAUGGCCAAGGGCACUGUCCAAACUGGCAUGGACACCACCAAGACCGUCCUCACUAGCACCAAAGAUGCAGUGUCCACUGGGCUCACUGGAGCAAUGGGUGUGGCCAAGGGGGCCAUCCAGACUGGCAUGGACACCACCAAGACCGUCCUGACAGGCACCAAAGAUGCAGUGUCCACAGGGCUCACUGGGGCAGUGAAUGUGGCUACAGGGGCUGUGCAAACUGGGCUGAAUACAACCCAAAAUGUUUCAGCUGUCACAAGGAACACUGUCUCCAGUGGCAUGGCUGGUGCCAUGAAUGUGGCCAAUGCUGCUGCCCAGUGGGGUCUGGACACCUCGAAGGCUGUCCUCACAGGCACCAAAGACGCCGUGUCCACUGGGCUCACCAGGGUAGGGAACGUGGCCCGAGGAGGUGUGCAGACUGAUUUCGGAACCAUCCAGAACUGGUUACCUGGUUCCCAGGAUGCUGCCUCAGGUGGACUCGCCACUUCCGGAGCCCCAGAUGAAGAACAAACCAUCCUGAACCCUCAUGAGGCUCAGUCCUGCGGGGUCUCCAGGCCCCCGGACACUCUGUGUGCACACCUGGACCUUGCUGGGAAAGCCACCACCCAUACCAAGGGCCUCGUAUCAGCUGAGGUGACAUUCACCCAAGGGGCCGCCCUGGGCAAGGAGGAUGACGUAGGGCCUGGGGCCACCACUUGCGGCCAGGAAGGAGCCCAGGGCUUUGCAACACUCCGGGACGAGCUGGAGGAGCUGGGGGAGAUCUUCCAGCCCAUGAGCGCCGAGGAACAAGCUCAGCUGGCUGCCUCCCAGCCCCGGCUGAGGGAGGCCAAGGCCGACCAAAGCAGCUACUUCGUGCGUCUGGGCGACUUGGACCCCAGCUUCCGCCAGCGGGCUUUCGAGCACGCCCUGAGCCACCUGCAGCAAGGCCAGUUCCAGGCCCUGGACGUGCUGGCCCAGCUCGAGGACACCUUCUGGCUGAUUGAGAAGGCCCAGCAGGCUCCAGACCGGCAGCCGUGGCCGGACCAGGAUCUGAGCAGCCAAGCCGGCGCCCGAGAGGUGCCAGCCGCCGGGGCUCUGUCCAGGGUCUGCAGCCUUGUCCAGCAGCUCCAUGUCGCCUACAGCAGCCUGGCCUCCGGCCUCCAGGGCCUCCCCGCCGAGCUCCGGUGGCAGCUCAGGCAGGCGCGGCACAGCCUCUGCGAGCUCCACAGUGUUGUCUCCUCUGCCGCCUCCGUGGCGGAGCUGCCGGCCGAGCGCCUGGCCCAGAGCCGCCAGGGCGUACGCCAGGCGUGGCAGGGGCUGGAGCAGCUGCUGGAGAGCAUGCAGCACAGCCCUCCGCUCAGCUGGCUGGUGGGGCCCUUCACCCUGCACCCCGAUGGGCAGCAGCUGUAG